AUGGGCUGCGCUUAAUCAACCAAAUAAAAUAAAUAUCAAUCAAAUAAAAAAUAAAAUAAAUAAUAAAAAAAUGUCUCAAAGCCUCAAAAUAUCACUUAAGAGUUUGUUUAAAAGGCUAAAAUACAAGGUAUUUCUGUCGAAAAAGUUCUCAUUGUUGAUCCUACACCUUCAGAAUUACCUACAAGAGAACACAAGAAUAAAACAUUCAGCCACCCAAAUUUACUAUAAAAUAUUGAAAUAUUGCAUAAACAUAUGUAUCCUAAGCUAAAACCACUUAGUUGCAACAGCUUAUUUAAGAACAGAUAAAAUCUUGGCUUAUGUGUUCAUGAUUAAAGAUCAACAAUAGCAUCUCUCUAACCUCAUAAAUCUGGUGCUUAUUUCAAUGAUUGCUACUAAACAAAAGAAUUUAUUGAGGAACCUAAUCCUAGAAAGGAUAUUUUAUAAAUUCCAAACUGUUGA